AUGCCACCGCGCCGUUUAACCCGCUCCACCGCCACCACCAAACCCACCUCAGCUUCCACAACGCUCGACUUGACCCGCUCGUCUCCCACCCCCUCUUCCUCGGACCUCGAAAUCCACACCGCGCCUUCGUCUCGCAAGGGCAAGCGGCGCGCGAGUAGUCCGGGGUUGGAGGUGCGCGAUGGGCGUGCGAAGCGCGUCAGGAGUUCGAAGGGCAAAGGCAAGGAGGAAACUUCAGGUGCGGACGCGCGCGAGGGAGGGUUAAAGGCGGACGAGCAGCUGGCGAGGAAGUUGCAGGACGAGGAGGAUCAGGCGGCUCUCGUGGCGGGCGAACAAGCGGGCCCCUCCACCUCGCCCUCGGCCUCAACUUCCGCACGUCGCAAAUCCCCUCGCAAGCCCUCGACCUCCUCAUCCUCCGGCCCCCUUGCUCCUCCCGCAGACCCGAACGAUCCUCAGGUCGUGCUUGGAUCGAAGAAGGCGCUGUUUGUGGGUGGUGGGACGUGCGGGAAGUGUGGCGCGGAAGUUCCUUACGAGAGCGAGGUGCCCUCCCUCACGCCCUCCUCUACACUCGCAUCUUUCCUCGCACUCACAACCGCAACCUGUCCGUCCUGCGCCGCCCGGCUCUGCCGCGGGUGCUGGGGAGUUUGCGAAGGAGCAGGAGGAGAUGAUGGAGAUGGGGAAGAGAGAAAGGAGGGCGAGUGUUGUGCGGAUGGAAGGGCUGUGGGGGUCUUUGAGCUCCUCUCCGCCCUCGAUGCCGUCUACUUGACCGACCACCUCCGCCGACCUCUGCCUUCCGCCUCUACCUCCUCCGCCUCAAAGCGCAAAAAGACCGCCAUCGCGACGGGGAAGGGUAAAGGAGUUGGGUAUGGCAGUAAUCGGAUUGCGCCGGGUUACGCGGGAGCGACGGGAGUGGGGUAUGCGGUAGAGGAGGAGGAGGAUAGUGAGGAGGCAGAGGAGUGGUGGGAUGAGGAGGUGGGGGAGUAUGUCGUGAGGGAGAGGGUGAAGCCUGCACUCACCACCAACAAGCCCCGCGAGAACGCGCACGACCUCGCACAAGACCGCCUCUACCUCCUCGCCUUCCGCCUCCUCUCCUCGCUCCUCCCAUCUCCCGACUCUCCCACCCCCAAAAUCUACGACUUCCUCCCCUCCUCUCUCCUCUCACCACUCAUCGAGCUCUCAACCCUCCCGGACCUGCUCACCCUCCUUCUGAGGAACGACUCAGUCCCCGAAUGGCAACGCCGGAGCGAAGUCUAUUUCGCGAUGCUUGAUGUGCUUGGAAAGAUCGGUGGGAGUCAAGGGUUGUUGGGGGUUUUGUUUGGUGAGAGGAGGGAGAAGAGGUGGAGUGAGGGAAUUGGGGGGUGGAUGCGCGGGGUUGGUGAGGUCAGGUGGGAGAGGAAGGCGCUGCCUGGGCAGACUGAAGAGGGCGGAGCGAAGGGAAAGAAGGGAAAGGGGAAGGCGGCGCCGAGGGGGAGGAAGAGGAAGGCGGGAGAGGGCGAGGAAGAGGAGGAGAACAAGGGCGAAAUUGUCAUGACUGCUCCCCUCUACACACACCUCGGCAAGCUCCUCCGCCAAGCCUCUGCCUUCCGCAAAGCCGCCAUCUCGGGCGACUUUGACGACUCGGACGCGGCGCUGAUCGGGAUUUGCGGCGACUUUGUCACGGCCGGCGAGCGCUUCAGGCAGACGGAGAAGGUGUGGGAGGACAUGCAUGGGCGCGACCUGGGCGGCGCUGUGGUUGAAGGGAGUGGAGAGGGAAAGGGGAAGGGGAAGGAGCGCGAGUGGACGGAGGCAGACUAUGUCAAGGCUUGCGAGGCGCUCGCGUACGACUCGGUCAACCUGGCGAUCGUGAACGACAAGGGCGAGAUUACGUACCCGAACCACUACUACAACCGCGACAUCCUCGCCAGCGCCAACUCUCGCCGGACGAACUUUGCCCACCUCGCGAAGGAGCUCGCGGUCCUCUCGACCUCCCUUCCGCCUGGCAUCUGGGUGCGCGUCGACGAGACGAGGGUCGAUGUCAUCAAGUGCUUGAUCGCCGGUCCCGAGCACUCGCCGUAUGCGAACGGCCUCUUCGAAUUCGACAUCUUCCUUCCUCUCCAGUACCCGCUCGUCAGUCCAGUGUGCUGGCUCAAGACGACGGGCGGAAACAAGGUCCGCUUUAAUCCGAACUUGUACGCCGAAGGGAAAGUCUGCUUGAGUCUGCUCGGGACCUGGAGCGGCGCGCCGGAGGAGAUGUGGCAGCCCGGCCAGAGCACGAUCCUGCAGGUCUUGCUCUCGAUCUCCACCAACUACCCGUUCUACAACGAGCCGGGAAUGGGCGCCAUGAAGGACGACGAGCGGAACAAGAACUACAAUAAAAACUGCUCGCUCGCGACGACGCGCUGGGCGAUCCUCGACUGGAUCAAGGACGGCAAGUUCAAGGAGUCGAUUUGGAGCGACAUCAUCGUCUCGCACUUUCUCCUCCAGCGCAGCAAGGUCGUCUCGACGAUCAAGGCGUGGGCGGCGAAGGAUCCGCGCAUGCGCGCCUGGAAGCCCGGGUUCGACUCGUGCGCCGGCGCGACCCACCUCCAGCCGUACAACGGCGGGAUGGCGUACAAGUGGGCGCAGUACAACGCGAACAGCCAGAAGCAGCCGGAGCAGAAGAAGCCUGCUCCGCCGCCUGAGCCGGCGCCGAGGGACUUGGUGCAGGAGACGGAGGACGCGCUCGAGACGCUCGCCGGAUGGAAGGAAUCGGGAUGGCUGGAUGAGCUCGUCGCUUGA